GGAUAAUUCAUUCCAGUCGCAGGCUCCCUGUGACCAUCGACAAUCCAAAAUAAUUUCCCUCCAUUCAAACUACUAUCCGAUUUUUGGUAUCAUACCAAGGUAUUGAUCUCCUCGAUCUGGUUUUGUGCGACGCUAGCCUAGUACCGCACUCAGCUACUAAGAACCGGAACCCAUCGACCGCUUCUACUACUGAACUACAGUGUAGCGCGCGCCCACUUCCAUCCAUCCAUCGAACAGUACCUAUCGCAACGCGACAACCACCUGGCGCAUCCACGCGCAAACAUCCAUCCAUCUCCUCGAAGAAGCCACAACGAUUUACUUAGCUUUACGAGAAGGCCAUCGAGUUGCUCCCUACCCGAGCAGACAGACCAUCAUCACCAAACCCUACCUUACCUGGCCUGUACCUGGGUACCUACCUACCUACUCAAGCAUCCAACCAACCACCCACCAACCCAUUCAACAACACCUACAUACGCUCCUCAACGCAACAUGUCUGCUGGUCCCGGCAGUGGCUCCGGAGGCGGCUCCGCAGGAGGAGGGAAAUUCAACCCCAAAAACCUCCACUACGACCGCUCCGCUACCCUCCCUCCCUUUCUCGCUCGGUUGCAUGCUCAACAUGCCCCCGGGAACUUUGACGGUCCCGAUCCGAUCCUGGCUGCGCGGAGACGACCGACGAAGAAAGCGAGGAGUGGAAGUGAGGAGGCGGAGGACGCGCCGCUUGUUUUGGACGAACAGGGGAAUGUGGUUGAUGGAGUGUCUGUGGGGAAGGAUGGGAGGGUGAUGGAGUCUGGUUCGAAGGUGGAGGGUGAGGGGACCACAGAGGGGGAGGGACAGGGACAAGAGGGGGAAGAGGGGGAGGGGGGAAAAGAUGGGAAAGAGGGGGAGGGGGGAAAAGAUGGGAAAGAUGGGGAGGGAAAACAAGAAGGGAGAGAAGGGGAAGGGGGGGACAGAAACAAACAUGGGGAGGGGAGUAAAGAAGGGAAUAACAAGAUGGCAAAGGAGGAGAAAGGAGUGGGAAUAGGAGCGAGUAAGAAGAAGAGAAAGGUAGGGAAGGUCAUUGCUGGCGAUGAUGACUCUGAUCAAGAGCAAGAUGGGGAUGCUAAGGAGCCAAAGGCAAAGGCUGAGGGUACAGAUGCCAAAGACCAAAGCGGAAAAACGGAACAGGCAGGGGAGAAACCAAAGCCCAAGACGGCCAUGAAGAAGGCUAAGAAAAUCAAGCUUAGCUUUGGUGAUGGUGAUGAGGAGGGUUGAGAUGCCGUCGUUAUCGGGCUUGGGCGCUGGAAGUACAUAAACACCGACGGGAGAAAAAAAAGGGGGGCAUGCCGAGAGGAAGGUGUGUGUUCAAGGCUAACAACCACGUCGGCCGGCGCAUGUCCCAAUAGCAAGUGGAAGGGCGCAAGAUGCGCGACCUGGUGACAAGCUUGCGGAUGACGAGGGAUGCAAAGUCCGAGUUUGUCUAUGCCGUUAUGCCUGGAGUACUACCCAAGAGCUGUCCGGAGAAAAGCAAUAGGGAGCUGUGCCAGAACGUCGUUCCCGAUCCUGCGGUGCUCUGACUCAGUGCCAGGCAGAAGAAGCUAUCUUGGAUGGUCUCGAGUCUUGUUGCUCGGUACCGCAGAGAAGGUCGAGUCUAGAUGAUUCUGCGAAUGCACUCUGAGCAAACAGCCCUAGUAGCAAUCCUGAAUCUAGAUACUGUCACGCCAAUCCAACCUCUUUCGAGCUUCUCGAUGGUAUAUACAAUUCCAUGUUCAGUAUUUAUUUGGCCCCAGGGUUCUAGGUAGAAAUCUACAGCUCUAGGUUCCCGAAUGCAAGUCCAAUGAGGUAACAACCACCUACCCAG